AGUACUCUACUUGACGACACCGGUGGUUAUUGGUUAAAAAUGUCGCGUUUCGGGAGGGUGUUAUCUACAUUUUUCGUUACGUGCAUUACACUUUUUGCAUUAAUUAGCUGUCAAAAAUCAGAGUCGUCGAAGAAUGCCUGGGUGGACGUUCUGGAUGAAAAUAAUUGGGAUCGCAUGUUGACGGGGGAAUGGAUGGUUGAAUUUUACGCACCAUGGUGUCCAGCAUGUAAAGCAUUAGAGCCUGUAUGGAAUAGUCUAGCGUCAUGGAAAAAAGAUCUUAAUAUAAAUGUUGGAAAAGUUGAUGUAACGGAUUCACCAGGUCUUAGUGGCCGAUUCAUGGUUACUGCUCUGCCAACGAUAUACCAUGUUAAAGAUGGAGUAUUUCGACAAUAUAAAAGUCCUAGAGACAAGGAUUCAUUGAUUGAGUUUGUGACUGAGAGAACAUGGGAAAAAGUUGAACCAAUUCCUAGUUGGAAAAGCCCUACAUCUAUACAGAUGUCUAUUAUUAGUCUUUUCUUUAGGAUGUCUCCAGUCUUAAGGGGCAUACAAACUAAGCUUCUGGAAGAUUUUGGUUUACCCGCAUGGGGAAGCUAUUUAAUCCUUGCUAUUGUAACUAUUAUAGUUGGUGCUAUUCUAGGACUGUUCGUUGUGUGCUUACUCGACUUGGUUUACCCCAAAAAAUGUGCAUUCCAAGGUAAAGGAAAACAAAAAGAUAGUUCUGGUGGAUUUGUGCAGGAAAAGGGUUCACAGGACGACGAAUUAGUGGAAAAUGUCAAAGAUGAUUUAGUGGAUGAAGAAGGUAGCGAAUCCGAGGCUCAAGAAGAGAAUAAAGAUAAAGAUACUAAUCUUGAUAGUAAUGAAUUGGUAGAUGAAACAGCUGCACCUAGUAGUCCUAAUGUUCGUAAGCGUAAACCACGAAAAGCGGACUAAACACAUUAGCUUUUUUUAUUACAUUAACUCACUCCCAGUUUUGAAUGACAUUUAGGGGUCAGUUACACAUCAAAUGUUUGUCUUGUUUUAGUAGACCUUCAAUAUUUUGAUUAAAUGACUAAUAUCUGUCACGGCUUAGUCAAGCCAAACAUUUUAGUAUGUUUAUUAUCAUGAGACUCUGCAUUGUACGAAAAUAAUGUGCAACACAUUUAGAAAAAUCCCCAAAAAUAUAAUUUGGGAAAAAUAUUUACUUCCCUUAGACUAAAUCGGUGCCCUUAGAUUGAACAACUUACAUUCUAUUUGCUUCGCACUAGUUUAUCCCAGUGACACCAUUCCAUUUUUAUUGGUACAACUGAAGUAAUUAUUUUUAUAAAUCCAUCACAAUUUAUUGAUAUUGUGAAUUAUAUGCAUUGUGAGUAGGAAAUGUUGAAUGCUUCCCAUUAUAAUGUUUUCUCUCGUAUAGCUAUAAAUAAGAAUGAUCAAUAAGUUAUUAGUAUGUGUCAUUGGUGUGUCACUGACCUUUGAGAUUGAUAUUAUUUAAAUUGAUUCCUGAAGAUUUUACAAAUGACAGGACACCAUAUGGUGAUUGUGUACUUCAUAGUAUAACUUUUACAAAAAUUCAUGCUGGGUACCAAAUAAGUCGCUGUAUACCAACAUAUUUUUCAUAGCAAUCUUAUUUCCGUAUACUUUCCAGUAUGAGCUCUGUUAUUAGAAUUUUUAGAUAUUAUUUAUUAUAAUCUUAAAUUUUAUUAUCAUUACUCAACAUCUGAAGUGCAGCUUAAAUUUUCGCAGUUUUUUACAUUUAAAACUACACAUAUGCAUGAUUAUGUUAAGAUUUUCUGUAUCGUUUCAUUUUGUAUGGUUAAAUCUAGUGUAUUGUUCUACUAAUAUUAAUUCGUGCUCAUACUUUAUUGAUUUAAGCCUUAACAAAUUAUCUCUUUAACAUUUGAUCACUACAAUAUGAGUAUUGCUAAUUAUGAUUAUAAAGAAGGGCAAUGUUUAGGCAGUGAGCUAUGUAAAAGCUGUCUAUAACACAGAGAGUAUCAGAUUCUAUAGGAAUUCAUACCCGUAAAAGUGAAAAAUUCUUCAAUUGAUCAAUUUACAGAUUAUUUUUUAUAAUUUGUAUAUAUCCAGAGAAUUGUAAUGGAUUGAAAAUACUUAAAAUUUUGUAUGUUCAAAAGUAAUUAUCUAAUUUCACAGAUAAUUUCACAGAAGAUAUAAUUAUCAGAAUAUACUGACUUUCUAUUAAAUAUAGUUCUUUAUUUUCAAUCAUAUUAACAGCUAGAAUUUUGUUUAAAAAAUCAAAAACUAAAUUUAAUGAUUGGUUAUCACUUUGAAUAAUAAAAGUUCUGAACAAUUUAGUUAUUUUGCACCGAAUUUUAUAUGUGGUGUAAUGAAGCUAGUGCCUUCAGUUUGGCACUUUAGAUUCUUAUAGUAAAUAAAGUUAUUAUAGAGAAAAUAAUACCUUUCAUUUUAAACCAUAAAAUGAAAGUAAAAUGUGUCUACGUCGUUCAUAAGUCAUUCAAGAAACACUAUAUUCGUCAAGUAUGCUUUCAUAUCCAUUGCAUAAAAUGAAUACGUUUAUCGAUUUUAUAUGAACAAUGUAUAGACAACAUAAUUAAUUUGUAAAUUAAACAUGAUUGCUGUAACAUAAUACUACUAUGUUUUAAUGCCUUCGGGACUGAGAUAUUGAAAUAUUGAGAAAGGUCGUUUAUAUAUACAUUUACCUUUCUUUUUACUGCAAUCAAUGCUAUAGAAUUGCAAAGUUCAAAUUUCACUUGAAUAGUAUAAAAUACGGAAUAGACAACGCUUUAAAAUAUACAUUCACGUAAUGGCA